UGCGUUCAAGUUACGUGACUUUUUUUGAAAGUUGUCAACAGAGAGACCGAGAGAGAAAACAGGACAGGAGGACGGACUGAGCGAAGGAGAAAAGGAGAGAUAGAGAGCGGCUUCUAACCGACAGCAGAGCUCGGAGGAGGAGGGAUGGGCUGCAGCCACAGCAAGAAGAAAAGCAAAGGCAAGAAGGGAGAGAAGAACCAGAAAGCCCAGAGCCGCCGACAUGACAGAGGUAACCGUGCGUCGGGCGGUCCCGACGUCUGUCUGCAGAAGCAGCUGGAGCGCUUCGAGUGGCAGCUGAGGAUUUUAAAGGAGGCGGGCGGGAACUCGGAGCGCGCCGAGCUGCUGAAGGCCCACGCAGAUGAAGAGCUGUGCGCCCUCGUCCUGAGCAUCCUCAACAAGGUGAAAACGGAGACGACGGCUGACUUGAACGUCCUGCAUGAAGAGAAAAGUAAAACUGCUACUGAAGACCACGAGAGAAACGUGGAAGAGCUGCAGAAGAAACACGAACAAGAGAAAACUGAACUGACGGAGAAGUUUCAGGCUGCUGAGAACGUCCUCAAGGGUGAAGUGGAUCAGCUGACGGCAGAUCUACAGGUUUACAACAAUCUGAAGAGGAGAGUCAAAGAGUCGACGUUUAAGAAGGACCUGCAGAGGAAUAUUCAGGCCCAUGGCAGCCCAGGUGCAUUCUGGGAGUCUGAGCAGGAGUCUCUGCUGUUUGUGAUUGAGAUGAAGACUGAGCGUGUGCAGGAGCAGAGCAGGAAGCUGCAGCAGAUGGAGGCUCUGACGGAGAAGAACCAGUCUCUGGAGGAUCAGGCUGUCUACAUCCUGCAGCAGAACGAGGAUCUCAGAGUUCGGAUAGACAACUGCCAGACUCUCAUUCAGCAAUUAUCCAAGGAGCAGCAGGACCUGAAGGGGGCGCUGGAGAGGCAGGCGGUGAUAAACCAGCAUCUUUCUCAGGAAAAAGAGCAGCUGAUGUUCAAACUAAGACACAGAGACUCGUGUCCGAGCAUCCACCUGCCCGCCAUGAUGCAGGAGAUCGCUCCCAGAUGAUCACAAAGAUCCCUGCGUCUAUGUACAUAGAAACCAGACUUAUUUUAAUUCACACGGUAACGUGCCGGUAGUCGUGCUGGUUUCCCGCUCCGUAACGAGGGACUUUAAACUCAAACUGGGCUACAUCGUCACAGCUCUGCAAGCUCUGGGUUCCCGUUCCAGGGCUCCACGUCGGAUCCUGUCUUUAUCAAGUCAGAAAACCACAAGGCUGAAUAUGUCACAGUGCAACUGAGACUCCACCGGUAACUGUUAUCAUGCUAGGAUGCAGCUGAGCCGUUUUUAAAGCUGAACAAUGAGGUCCUUCCAACUGAUUCUGGACCCCCAGAUGACCCAGAAAUGGAUCAUCAUCGGCUGAGGAGGCUAGCCUUUUAGCUAAAGUGUAUGCGGCCGUCAAUCGUUAUCGUUAGCUUAAUUUUAAAGAUGAUUUUUUUUUUUUUUACAUAGUCCGGAUCAACGGAUAUACAUGUCCAGGAUAAAGCCUGUUACUGAUGUCAGGCUUGGCCCCUCUCCUCCCUUUCUCUGU